AUGGCGAACGAAGAUCCCCAGUGGCCCUACCUUGAUUCGCCCUGGGAUCUACUUCGCGAUUGCUUCCACAUCAGAAAGCUGGAAAAUGAACAUACAGAUUGGACAGCCUGUAUUCUCUCGCGUAUACUUGGCGUACUAUCGGCCUACAUUUUUCCUGUCAUCGGGCUUCUCGGUCUGUUGGUCAACUGUCUGACGGCAUUCAUCUUUCUGCGCUGCUUUCGAACUCCGACGCGACAAAUGAUAUAUUUAGCCUGUUUGGCGGUCAGCGACGGCCUCACAAUCCUGUUGUUCGGCUGGCUCUGGGUCUUCCCCGCCAAAGGCAUCCCGUACGCGACUGAUGGGAAAACAUAUUUCUUCACUUUUUACUCGGGCUGGACGGAAUGCCGUAUACACCGUUGGGCUUACUCUUUCACGUCUUGCCUCGGCAACAAUAUAUUCUUACUGACCACCCUAGAUCGCUGCAUGUCCAUCUAUCUGCCACUCAAGUUCUCGCGGUUGCCGCAGAAACGAGCUUGGCAGAUGCUGUUGGCCAUCACGUUGGUCAGCGGGGUCAUGAUGCUGCCAUUUGGCAUCAGUACCGGGCUCUAUCCAACCCAGGGAAACAAGGUGAUCUGCUGGCUGACGGAGGACCAGACCUUCCUUCAGCUCUAUCAUGUAUUGUUCGCAAAUGCUGGAUUCCUCCAGACGGUACUCAUCAUCGCCUUCAAUCUGGCUCUUCUGAUUCGUCUACGACAGAAUGCGUUGUUGCGCAAACAGCUGACCUGCAAGUUCACAACUGGCAGAAAAGAGGUAUCUGCCUCCAUUCUUCUUCUUCUACUCUCCACAAUAGUUGUGAUCUGCGCCCUUCCACAGACGGUGGCUUAUAUGUUUGCCUUUAUCUACCAGACGGCUCUCCCGCACGAUACAGGCUCCAUGCUAACACGUUUGGCCUAUAACAUAUCCGACAUCGGAUGGAACCUCCUCUUUCUGCAGUACACGGCCAACUUUUUUCUCUACCUUUCUCGAAUGCCCAACUUUCGACUGGCAACUCUACGCUUAAUUACCUGUCGUUGCGGUCAAGCCCUUCAGCGUCGGCUAGAAGAGCACUAUUACAGUUCCCGACCUGCAGGAAAAACCCAAACAACCAACAUGUUUCAGGUUGGCUCCAAACGGGCACUGGUCGUCCGGUCGCUUACAGAACAGGUGAAACGAUGCCAACAUGGACGGUACUCACAGAACGGUCCAGGGCGUAUUUGCUACCAGGAUGAGACUAUGGUUGACGUUUGGCCUGCAUCUCCACGCUUCCAUAAUGGCCCCACUUCACUUCCUACUCAUUCGUUCUUCUCGCAUUCCCCAUCACCCGCAAUCUCUCUACCACAAUCAUCACCAUCACCGCCCCCAUCAUCACCACAUCUACCACCGCCGCCAUCACUAAUGAGAAUAUCAGCGUCACCACCAGCAUUGUCAUCUCCAUCAUCUCUACCAUCACCAUCGCCUCUAAUGAAAUUGCAAUUAAGGCUACAACUACCCCCUUUAUCACUCACUGCACAGUCAUCCUCAUCUCCAGUGCCAACACCACAACUAAUGAAGUUGCCAAGGUAUCCACCGUCACCACCAACUAUAGGCCAUAGUCUUUCCACUUAUUCUCAUUCUCCUCGUUCUUUUGGUGGUUCAAUCGACAAAACACAGCCUCACUGGGGCAACCGAAAGACAAGCAAUUCUCAGCAGCAUGUCGUCACCUUCAGUCCACCAACUUCGAGAGGGACUCGAGUUGGCGAAAGUCUGCCUGAUGACGAGGUAACUCGCUUCUGA